AUGGACAACGGAAACGCCCAGAUGUACGUGGAGUGUAGGGUCAAGGCUCCAGAGGCCCAGCCAAGUCCUGGCCUGAGGGCUGCCAGCAACAGAGCUGGUGUUGAGCCCACCAUAUCAGAAGUCAGCCAGGUUGUGUUUCCAGAUGCUGAAGGGAUAGACAGUGGGAAGCAGCCCUCAUCAGAACCGGGAGAGCCAGAGGACGUGCCCAGACACAGAGAGGCAUCAGAGGAGGUGUCUCUGGAGCUCAGCACCCAGCAGCAGAUGCCUCCGGCGGGGCCAAGGUGA